GACGUCUGUCGGUCCGAAUGUGAACUGGCACUGUAAGUCAAGAAGGUAUGAACGAAGGGACCAAAGGGUGCACGGGAGCCACAAACGCGACGCGACAGUCACGUGUGCGUGUCGGACAAACCAUCCCCUUUGUCGAGAUCGAUUCUUCUCCUGAUCGUCAUCCAGUCUUCGCUUUGCCUACUGGGUAUUUCGUCGUCUUCAAGACCUGACUUUAACUCGGUGAGUGCUAAUAUACUCGACCCCUGACAUGUUUGCACAGGGACACUCAAGCCCCGGCUGGCAUUCGCCUUCUGGAGUUCUUCCUUCUCCUCCAGCACAGUAUGAUCCAGCACACUUCUCGCCAAACGCAGACACCACCGGCAACGACGACACGUUGCAGCGCAUCUACUCCGCUGCCAACGCAGAUGUGGAGAUGAAGGACGACUUUGUCACAAAACUGUACCUCGUACUCGACACCAACGUUCUGAUUGACUAUCUUGACGUCAUCCAACGGUUCAACGAAGACAUAGAAAGGCUUGGGAUGCCUGUAACCAUCAUCAUUCCGAGCGUGCUUCUAUCCGAAUUAGAUGGCCUGAAGAAAAGAGAGAAAGUCGGAUGGUUCGCGAGCCGCGCGUCCGCCUGGAUCCUGAACAAGAUGAAGGAGCGCAAGACCGUGCACGUCCAGUCACGGCGGGAGACGUGCGGGCUCGUCCUCGCGCCGCACGAGCAGGAGCGCAGGAACGACAUGUGGAUCUACGACUGCUGCCAGUUCUUCGCGCGGCGCGGGCACGUCAUCUUCAUCAGCGGCGACAUGAACCUGCAGAGCACUGUCGACAGCAUCAACACCGACAGCGUGGGCAGAGCGGAUCUGUUUGCGGAUAUCCUGACAGUCAUGCCGGACAGGAGGGGCUGGUCGAGCCGGGCGCUCGCGAGAAAGCUGGCUGAUAGUGGCGUGAACAUUCCCGGGCUCCGAAUACAUCCAGACGAAGAACCAAAAUACCGGCGGUCACGCAACACCACGGAGAGCCGCAAGAUCGUGCUCGGCGAGCCUGACGACGACGACGAGGUCAUGAUGGACGUCGACGAUGUCGGCCCGCCGCCGCAGGACGACGAUGCGAAGAAGCACGCGCUCGACGCGCUCCAUCUGCAGGUCGUCGACCACUUCGCGCUGCUCCUCAAAGACCUCGCCCAGCGUGUUCGCACAAGCGCGGGAGACGUCGCAGAUAAAACCAUAUCUCUUCACGCGGCAGGUUGGCUCCGAAAGGAGUUCUCUGAGUGGACCGUGGGGGACUGCCUCGAUUACCUGGAGUUCAAGCUUGCCCAGUUGAAGAAGGGGCUGCGGCCACGCCAACCCCCACUGCAGUGGUUCCUGCGGCGAGAGCGCGGGGACAGACAAGGCGGCCGCGCAGGCAAGGAAUGGAGUCGACAAGCAUGGAAUGACGUUGCGGAUGCGCUGGAAGAGCUCGGGACCAAGUUCGAGGACGGGGCCAUGCUGGUGUCAGCGCAGUACCUCAGACAAGAGACAGAGUAUGCUUUCCAUCUGCAGCCGCGCCCCUCUGGCCGGUAGGCCCACGAACUAGGCGUGGGCGCGUUGAUCACGAGCGUGUAGGUAGCGCACGUUCUCAAGAGCAGACAAAUGUGAACGGAAGCUACCGAAGAAGACGCGGACUCGGUGUCUCUCCCCUUGGAGUUCUCAGGCGCCCUGGAGCGAUGUACGGAUGCAUUGGUGUAAGACAGACCGAUGGCUAUCGGUGCAGGGACGGAUCCACUCCAUAAAUACACCAUAUGAUCCACGAAUUGCCGCCCCGGGCAGAGCGACGCAGGAUGGAGGGGACAGGGGAGGCAGGUGGAGGCGUGCUGAAUAGAUGGAGCACAGAGCGGCCGCCCGUUUGAGUGGUCGAGUUCCUUCAUUUCAUGUGUCUAAGUCCGUGCUCAAUGAACACUUGUCAAUGUGA